AUGGCGAAAGCCGAAAAGGAUGCCAGUUAUUAUGCGCAUACCUUCACCAUGGCCUCCUGCGGCCACAUAUACGGGAAAGGCCUUGGCGCUGGCGAGGGUGAUUAUCACUUGUGGUUCUCGCCCUCCAUCGUAUUCGACGCCCUCAAAGAUCUUUCUGCAUCGCAUAGCCUGACGAAAGAGCAGCGAAAAAGGCCUUCAUCAGCCUAUGACAAGGCCGAUGAGGAUUUGGCAUUGCAUGCUCCCACAAUCUCAGAAGGUUAUGGCGUUGCUGAUAUCCAGUUCAACAGCGAACUCGCUCGCCCGGAUGAAGAUCCCUACCAAGCGUUGUUCGAAGUGGCUCAGAAGUGCGAGAGAAAUGAUUUGAAGGAGGUUCUGGGUUCUGUUCGCAUUGUGGCACACUGUUGA